UUUUCAUUUCUAGAUUGAGUGUGAUUCAAGGAACUCCAACUUUAAGCAAGGCAUCUUUAAUAUGACUAUUAAUGAGAACCUUAAUUGUAGUGUAGGACUAGAGUAUUGUUUUGGAUAAAUGUUUUGUGCUAAAAACAAUUAACAAUCAAAGUUUUUAGAGACUGUUAAUAAAAGAAGAGUAGAGUUAUGUCUCAAAGUUAAGUUGGUGGUUACAAAACGAUGCAAUGGAGAAGUUAAAGGAUGAACAAAUGGAGCAUCAUCAAUUUUUUGAGGCCAAUGAUCCUUUAACUGAGUCCAUUUAUAGCCUUCAGAUUGCAAAGGAAGCACUUGAACAAGAAGUGAAAAAAUUUGGUGACAUUUGGAACCAACCUCUGUUAUCUGCUUCAUCUUCCUUGGAACUCAAGGCAUUGAGCAAAUCAGAAGAUUCCAAGGAUGAGUACCUCGCCGAUGCAAAUUCAGUCUCUGUCAAGACACUGGAGAAGCAAGGAUCACUAUCUAGAAUUCAAGUGCAAGUUCCUAACAAAAUUGAAGAUUUUGGUGACAUCAUAGCAGUUGUGGAAACUUGUAUGAUUGAGAGAAGUGUGUAUAAGCUCACAUUUUUAUUUUCAUUCCAGUUCAUAUUAUUGAUCUUGGUUUUUUUACUUUUCGACUCGCGGUUAUCAGUUGAUUCUGCCGUCGUUGCUCCGACAUGAAUCCGAGGAGUUACCUUCAUUGUGUGCAUUCUCAGAAGAUUCUAUGUUUGAAUCUCACAUUCCAGUAUCAUUAUGUAUGCUAAUCUCAUUUUGCUUACUGCUAUAAACUAUUCUUUGAAUAUCAAGUGUUUUUCUUUUCAGAA